CCUGGCCAGGGAUUAAAGGGAUCUUCCACUGUUUAAAUUGCAAAGAAUUCCACGGGAAUUGUGGAUGAUUUCCGAGAGAAAAUUCAAAAUAAACAACAAACAGCACGCGCGCGUUCCUUCAAUUUUGACAAGCAGUCGGUGAAAAAUAUAAAUGUGUGUGUGAAGUUUUGCGUGUGUGUUUGUGUUUUUAUUUUGAAGUUCCAGAAGAGAGCAAAAAAGGGAAUUUUGGAGAAAGACGUAGAAAAAUUCUUCUUCCUCGUCACAAAGCUUCCCAAAUCUUCCUGAUCAGAAGAAGAAAAGUGAAGGACUUCCUGACAAUUACGCACAAAACUCUUUCCAGACUCCAGAAAAUUCCUUUGAAAGCUCCAAAAUGAAUCCCUACGGACAACCCCCAGCUCCUGGCUUCAAUCCCGGCAAUCCAGGCUACCCACCACCGCAGCAGGGCGGCUUUCCCGGGCAUCCAGACAGUUACGGAGCGCCUGGCUUCGGAGGAGGACAAGCCUAUCCACCAGCUUACCCGCCAAACAUGGGCUACGCACCACAAGGACCAAUUGUUCAGCAACCAGGAGCCUACGGUGGCCCUGGGAUGCCACAACCCGGUGGCUACGUACCACCAGGCUACCAAGGACAACCCCAACCGCCCUACCAGGGAGGUGGUGGUGGACAGCAUCCCAAUGCACCGAACUUCCCUCCAGGACAAGAUGGUUGGAUGAGUUCACCGCCACGAGCCCCCAAUUGCCCCCCUGGUUUGGAAUAUCUUACACAAAUUGACCAGUUGCUGGUGCACCAAAAGGUGGAGCUUCUGGAGGCUUUUACGGGUUUUGAGACCAACAAUAAGUUCACAAUAAAGAACAGCAUGGGCCAGAAGGUCUAUUGGGCGGCUGAGGAUACUGAUUGCUGCACACGCAACUGCUGUGGCCCCAUGCGCCCAUUUGACAUGAAAAUCCUCGAUAUUUACAAGAAUCAAGUGAUGCAUCUCUAUCGUCCAUUGCGCUGUCAAUCCUGCUGCUUCCCGUGUUGCCUUCAAACCAUGGAAAUCUCUGCUCCACCGGGGAAUAUUAUUGGGACAAUUGAGCAGGAAUGGUCCAUCUUUACGCCCCAAUUCAGCUUGAAAGAUCAAACUGGGGAGACAGUAUUGCGCAUUGAGGGUCCCUUCUGUACAUUCAGCAUUUGCGGGGAUGUGGAGUUCAAAGUGUUGACCCUCGAUGGGCAACAAGUUGGGAAGAUUAGCAAGCAGUGGUCGGGCCUGGCGCGUGAGAUGUUCACUGAUGCCGAUCAUUUUGGCAUUAACUUCCCAAUGGAUCUCGAUGUGCGCAUGAAAGCCGUCCUUGUUGGUGCCUGUUUCCUCAUUGAUAUUAUGUUCUUUGAGAAGAGCGGCAACCGUGAGCAGGACCGUCCUGGAAUGUUUUAAAGAAUUAGCUGUUCGAGUUUUUAUUAAAUAUAAGAUGAAAAAAACAUUAAUAAAUGUUAAAAAUGUCUUCAUUUAACGCGCAAAUCUUUUCAAAAAAAAUUGCAUUUUAAUGCGCAUAAAGUUAAACUAAAACGACAUAUAAAGUGUACUUUUUAAUGUAAAAAUACCGAAUUUUUUGACAAAGUAUUUUAUGUAGCUUUUUAGGGUAAAAGUGUCGUAUUUUUUUGAAAUGGUGGUCAUUUAUAAACCAAAGUUUACCUCAAUGUUGAAGAGAAUUUAUUCAAUAUAUAAAUGUUAAUUCUAAUAGAUUUAUUGUAAACAAAGAAAAAUUGAGGAAUUUAUUGCUUCUUCUGUGUUUUCCAUGCUCUUCUUUGCUUCCAGAAAAAUAACAUUUUCACAAAUAAUUCUUUAAAAGAAAAAUACGUACAUUGUUUUAUUCUAUCUUUAUUCUAUAUGACAACGUUGAUGAAAAAUGUGCAAAGGCUCUUAAAAAUGUACUUUAAUUAAUAUUAAUAUUUUUUGUCUAAAUAAAGAAUUUUCUUGAAAUA